AUGUCGGACGGUCACGGUGAGCCGAAUCAGUUAAAUCAGAGAAAGGAGAGUGUUGCGGCGGCUAAUGUGCCGAGUGAUAGUCCUGUGACGGACCCGGGGCAGGUCCGUGGCGGGAAUACCGAGGCUGGUGCAGCAGGCAAGUUCGACGGCCAGCGCGGGAAAUCUGGCGCCUUGAAAAAGUCUGCAAGAUACAGAAGCAGAUCCCUAUCUGCCUCUUCGGCAGAUUCUUACAGUUCCACGUCUUAUACAGGGUCAUCAUCAGACGAGGACGAAGGCGUCCAGCCACACGAGAAGGCCAUCGCAGCCGGCACACCGAACCCAGCCUACUGCGUACGUAACGUUGAGCAGCAUGCGUUCGGCAGAAGAGAGAUUGAAAUCGCCGAGCAAGAGAUGCCGGGGAUAAUGGCGCUCAGAGCCAGGGCCAAGGAGGAUAAACCCUUGAAGGAGGCGAAGAUAGUAGGAUGUACACACAUCAACGCUCAAACGGCGGUGCUCAUUGAGACGUUAGCGGCGCUCGGAGCCACCGUUCGCUGGGCGGCCUGCAACAUAUACAGCACACAGAACGAAGUGGCCGCAGCUUUAGCACAUGCAGGCUACGCGAUCUUCGCCUGGCGCGGCGAGAGCGAGGAAGCGUUCUGGUGGUGUAUCGACCAGUGUUGCUCUCCCCACGCGGCCGCCUCCUGGCAGCCCAACAUGAUCCUGGACGACGGGGGCGACGCCACGCACCUCAUGCUCAAGAAACAUGCGGCCGCCUUCAAGCACAUCAAAGGUAUAGUUGAGGAGAGCGUGACGGGCGUCCACCGCCUGUACCAGCUGAGCAAGGCGGGCAAGCUGUGCGUGCCCGCCAUGAACGUCAACGACUCCGUCACCAAGACCAAGUUUGAUAAUCUGUAUUCUUGUCGGGAAAGUAUUAUCGACGCAUUGAAACGCAGUACGGACCUGAUGUUCGGCGGUAAGCAGGCCGUCGUCUGCGGCUACGGGGAGGUCGGCAAGGGAUGCUGCCAGGCGCUCAAGGCGUUGGGAUGUGUGGUAUAUGUAACAGAAAUAGAUCCAAUCUGCGCACUCCAAGCUGCGAUGGAUGGUUUCAGAGUCGUCAAACUAAACGAGGUGAUAAGACAAGUGGACAUAGUAAUAACAGCGACUGGCAACAAGGGUGUAGUGACACGCGAACACAUGGAGCGGAUGAAGAACGGCUGCGUCGUGUGCAACAUGGGACACAGCAACACCGAGGUGGACGUCCACGCGCUGCGGACUCCCGACCUGCUGUGGGAGAGGGUGCGCAGCCAGGUCGACCACAUAAUAUGGCCGAACGGUAAACGCAUAGUGUUACUAGCGGAGGGCCGCCUCGCCAACCUGUGUUGUUCAUCGCUGCCGUCGUUCGUGGUCUCUGUGACCGCGGCCACGCAGGCGUUAGCUCUCAUCGAGUUGUAUAACGCGCCUAACCAUCGGUAUAAGGCCGACGUGUAUCUUCUCCCGAAGAAGAUGGACGAGUACGUGGCGAGCCUGCACCUGCCCACGUUCGACGCGCACCUGACGGAGCUCACGGACGACCAGGCCAAGUACCUCGGCCUCAACAAGGUGGGGCCCUUCAAGCCCAACUACUACAGGUACUAGCACUGCUCACACACGCCUACCGCCGCGCGACCAGCGGAACUAUGACACAGUGUUGACGACAGGUGUGUCGCAAUUGUGAGUCGUCGCGUUAGUUGAAGUAUUGUUGGCAGACAGUUACUCAACAGUUGACAAAUAGUAGAGCAACUGUUGCCACGCAGUUGAGAAACGGUUGUCAUAUAGUUGCGCCACAUUUGCCACACAGUUUCGCCACAAACUAGGUGUAUUUCUACAUUGGCGCUUACAAUCAUAAGGCUAUUGUCGUGCAGCUAUAACGCAGCUAUUUUUCGAUCAUGACGCAAUUGCCACGCAGUCGUCACGCAGUUGCGACGCAGUUGUCUCACUAGCGUUUAGUUAUUAGAUAAAAUAUGUUUGCUUUGUGUAAAUUGUUUAGUUUAAUUUGUAUGAAUGGUGUGUGUAUCGAACGCAGUGCCCACGCUGUAACCGCGCAGUGAUUGUCAUUUUAACCGAUUUUGUAGUAGAGUGUUAUGUUAUAGUAUUAAUAAAAAAGUGAAAUUAGUACUUACUAUUAAUAAUGACACAAAAAAGUUGUACAAAUAUGUAUGUAUUGUAUUAUCAAAAAAAAAGCUUUGAUUUUGAUGUGAAAAUGUAUGGAAUCGCUUUAAGACAAAAUUUAAUCAAAAAUCAUUUAAUCUGUUCAUAUAUUCGAUUCGUUUUAGCAAAUAUCACAAUUAACCUUAUAUCAAAACAUAUUAAUUUGGGGCCACGCUUUGCAAGCAAAAAUCAAAUAAAAAUAUAUCUUAAUUAACUUUAAAAACCAAUUUAUUCCAUGAAAGAACACAUCAAAAUUGGCCUAAAGUAAUAUAAAAAUGUAUGUGUGAGAAAAUCAUUUUGUAGUAUGGCGGUGAGAUUUUUAACCGACGGUAUAAAAAAAGGUGGUUAUGAAUAUGAAAUCGUAGGAGUCCUAUAAUGUUAAGUCGCGGUGCCUAUAAGCAGAUUUAUAUUUUGAAUAAAUGUACAAUGUUUUACAAAAUACUUGAGCACUUUCAUAAUUAAAAUCAAAAGGAAUGUUGAUUAGCCAAAUAAAUAGAAAUCUUCUUUAUAACUGAAAAAAAUAUAUUGGACAUGUGUUUUUUUCAAAAUAGUAUCA